GUCGGGGCGCGGCGGUGCCUCUGCGACCGACCGGAGCCUGCACGGGCGCUGCGCCCUCCCCGGCCCGGAGGGUCGCCGGGCUCCGGCUCCUGACCCUGCAGGCAUCGGGCUCAGCGCGCACGCAGGCCGAGGCGCGGUAGACCAUGAGCAGCCACGGCAACAGCCUGUUUCUGCGGGAGAGCGGCCAGCGGCUGGGCGGCCCCGGCUGCCUGCGAGGACUCCAGGCCCGGCUGCAGCAGCGCGCGCUGCGCCUGCGUCUCCGCCUGCAAACCAUGACUCUCCAGCACGUCCAGCGUGUCCUGCGGCGCAACGCCUUCAUCCUGCUGACCGUGAGCGCCGUGAUCAUCGGGGUCAGCUUGGCCUUUGCACUGCGCCCUUGCCAGCUUUCCUACCGCCAGAUCAAGUACUUCUCCUUCCCCGGGGAGCUGCUCAUGAGAAUGCUACAGAUGCUGGUGCUGCCGCUCAUCGUGUCCAGCCUGGUCACAGGCAUGGCAUCUUUGGAUAACAAGGCGACCGGGCGUAUGGGCAUGCGGGCAGCCGUCUACUACAUGGUGACCACGAUCAUCGCCGUCUUCAUUGGCAUCCUUAUGGUCACCAUCAUCCACCCGGGGAAGGGUUCCAAGGAGGGCCUGCACCGUGCGGGCCGUAUCGAGACCAUCCCCACUGCUGACGCCUUCAUGGACCUGGUCAGAAAUAUGUUUCCACCCAACCUUGUGGAGGCCUGCUUCAAACAGUUCAAGACCCAGUACAGCACAAGGCUGGUCACCAGGACGGUGGUGCGCCCCAACAACGGGUCUGAGCCCGGUGCCUCCCCGGAGAAUGGAACCAGCCUCUUGGAGAAUGUCACUCGGGCCUUGGGCAGCCUCCAGGAGGUGCUGAGCUUCGAGGAGGUGGUCCCCGUGCCUGGCUCCGCCAACGGCAUCAACGCACUGGGCCUCGUGGUCUUCUCUGUGGCCUUCGGGCUGGUCAUUGGCGGCAUGAAGCACAAAGGCCGGGUCCUGCGGGACUUCUUCGACAGCCUCAACGAGGCCAUCAUGAGGCUGGUGGGCAUCAUCAUCUGGUAUGCGCCAGUGGGCAUCCUGUUCCUGAUCGCGGGCAAGAUCCUGGAGAUGGAGGACAUGGCCGUCCUGGGUGGCCAGCUGGGCAUGUACACGCUGACCGUCAUAGUGGGCCUUCUGCUCCACGCUGGUGGGGUCCUGCCCCUCAUUUACUUCCUCAUCACCCACCGGAACCCCUUCCCUUUCAUUGGAGGCAUGCUGCAGGCCCUCAUCACUGCCAUGGGCACGUCUUCCAGUUCUGCAACUCUGCCCAUCACCUUCCGCUGCCUGGAAGAGGGCCUGGGCGUGGACCGCCGCAUCACCAGGUUCGUGCUGCCAGUGGGGGCCACCAUCAACAUGGACGGCACCGCCCUGUACGAGGCCUUGGCCGCCAUCUUUAUCGCCCAAGUGAACAACUAUGAGCUGAACUUGGGCCAGAUCACAACCAUCAGCAUCACGGCAACAGCAGCCAGCGUUGGGGCAGCGGGUAUCCCGCAGGCCGGGCUGGUCACCAUGGUCAUCGUGCUCACUUCGGUCGGGCUUCCCACAGAGGACAUCACGCUCAUCAUCGCUGUGGACUGGUUCCUUGACCGCUUGCGGACAAUGACCAAUGUCUUGGGGGACUCCAUCGGAGCUGCCGUCAUCGAACACUUGUCUCAACAAGAGCUUGACCUUCAGGAAGCCGAGCUUACGCUCCCCAGCCUGGGGAAGCCCUACAAGUCCCUCAUGGCCCCUGAGAAGGUGUCGUCUCGGGGGCGUGGAGGCAGCGAGAGUGCCCUGUGAUUCCAGAAAGAGGGCUGGGGCAAACUGGGGUACCUGGCCAUGAGCAGACACAUCUUGCCUUGAUGUUUGGGGGUGACCAAGAUAAAGGUGCAAGAACCAG